UUUCAAAAUGUCAACGGACGAUUGGCUCAAAUGUCAAACUUCGUGCAUGACUCACGUGCACCAUCUCACGUCCGCCUUGUGUCAUUUUGACAGCAACAAAUUGUUUAGAUUUGUUUCUACUACACGUGUUGUAUUCAUCACAAGUCGCAUUCAACAUGUUUUAGAAUUUUUGAAUCGCAUUUUAUCAGCCGAAAAUUAAUUUUAUUCUUGAAUUUGGAUAUUUAUUUGUGAACGCACAAUGUCGCGGUUAAUUAUCAAAAAUUUGCCAAAUGGCAUUACGGAGAAUCGUUUGAGAGAAAUCUUCAGUAAAAAAGGUCAAAUCACUGAUAUUCAGCUGAAAUAUACGAAAGAAGGGAAAUUUCGUAAGUUUGGUUUCAUCGGUUAUCAAUCGGAACAAGAAGCGGCAGAUGCAUUGUCACAUUUUGACAACACAUGUAUCGACACGAGCCGCAUCAGUAUACAAACAUGUGCGGCCUUAGGGGCUGAAACAAAACCACAAGCAUGGAGUAAAUAUGCAAAAGAUAGUUCAACGUAUAAGAAAUUGCAUGGAAUCGAAGACGAUGAAGCUACAAUGUCGAAACAGAAGGAGGAGGCGAAACUUGAGGAGAAGAAGAACAAAAAAGAGAGACUAGAAGAGAUAUUCGGCGAGCACAAAGAUGAUCCGAAGUUCAUGGAGUUUUUGAAAGUCCACGAUAAGGGAAAUGACAUUUGGGACAAUGAUCUCGGAUUAAUGGAGCAAACCGAAGAUGAUAUUAAAGGAGGAAAGAAAAAGCCAUCGACAGUUGAUAAUCAAUCAUCUGAUAGUGAUGAUGACGAUGACGACGAAAAUGAAGCGGCCGACGGUGAAGACAACGACAACGAGGAAGAGAUAUCAGUGAAAUUGGCUGAUCAAAGUAUUAGCGAUUUGGAUUAUUUAAAAUCGCUUAAAAAUAAAACCGUAACGAAAAACGACGCAAAAGCCAGUGGUAAUGACAUGAAAGUAACGGAUCUCUACACCAUAAAAAUUCGUGAAAUUCCAUUCAAAACCAAGCGAAAAGAUAUCAUCAAAUUUUUCAAACCGGUCAAAGCAUUUUCGAUUCGUUUGCCGACGAGAAAACACGGUUUUUGUUAUGUUGGCUUCAAGACGGAGAAAGAAUUCAACAAGGCAAUGCUGAAAAAUCGCAGUUUUUUGAAUGGAAAACAGGUGAUUCUGAUUGAUUUCACGGAGAAAAAUAAAGAAGCGACACUGCGAAAGGACGAACCCGACAGUGCCAAAUCGGAGAAAAGUAACAAGAAUCCGAAAUGGGCCAAACAGGAGGAGGCGCUCAAAAAUGAAGAGGAUAUCAGUGAAUCCGGUCGGAUAUUUUUCCGAAACUUGAGCUACACGGUAAACGAAGAGCAACUGCAGGAACUGUUUGAAAAAUAUGGUCCAGUGACCGAAAUCAGUUUACCAAUUGAUCCGGUUACGCGCAAAAUCAAGGGUUUCGGUACGGUUACAUUUGUUAUGCCAGAGAAUGCCGUCCAAGCAUUCUCUGAACUCGACGGAUCGACCUUCCAUGGUCGGCUGCUGCAUUUGAUUCCGGGCAAAGGCAGAGACGAUGAUGAGAACAAUGCCAAUACAGAGGGUAUGUCAUACAAGCAAAAGAAAGAGUUGGAAAUGAAGAAAACGGCUGGUUCAGCCCAUAAUUGGAAUACAUUAUUUUUGGGUGCCAAUGCUGUGGCAAAUACGUUGGCCAAAAGCUAUCAAACGACAAAAGAACAAAUUCUUGACACUGCUGGCGGUGGAAGUAGUGCUGCUGUUCGAUUGGCUCUGGGUGAAACGGAAUUAAUUAUUGAGAUGCGUCGAUUUCUCGAAGCAAAUGACGUCGUUUUGGAUGCAUUCAAUCAGGCACCGAAAAAACGAUCAAAAACUGUCAUUUUGGUGAAAAAUUUGCCGGCUGACACGCAAAUCACAGAUAUUCAACCAGUGUUUGCCAAGUUUGGUUUGUUAGGACGUGUCGUUUUACCACCCAGUAAAUUUACAGCUAUAAUUGAGUUCUUAGAUGCAAGCGAGGCGAAAAAAGCAUUUUCAAAACUUGCCUACACUAAAUUCAAAAAUUUGCCACUCUAUUUGGAAUGGGCGCCAGAGAAUACAUUCAAAAGUGCUGCAACGAAAGCAUUGGAAGUUGGUAAAAUUGAGGAAAAGAAAGAUGUUGAUGCCAAAGCCUCGAAAACGAAUCCAUUCGCAAAGGAGAAUUACGGGAAAAAGGAGACAAAUGUCGCUCAUUCCGAACCAGAGGAAGACCCAGUCGAAAGUUACGUGGUCAAUGACAUUACACCGUCUGAUAAUAAAAAUAACAAUGAAGAGAGUGAUGAGGACGAUACCGAACCUGAACCAGGCACCACAUUAUUCUUGCGCAAUUUGAAGUUUAUCACUCAAGUCGAAACCAUUCGCGACCACUUUAAGCACAUCGGAAAGAUUCAUCGUGCUCAAGUUGCCACGAAAAAAGAUCCAGACAAUCCACGGAAUAAGAUAGCGUUGGGCUAUGGAUUCAUCCAAUUUAAGAAGAAAAAUUCAGCCGAAAAAGCACUGAAAACUAUGCUAAUCACAAAUAUCGAUGGGAAUUCCGUUGAGCUCAAACGAAGCGACCGUACAUUACAAACUGAUGUACAAACGAAUCGAAAGACUGCAAAAUCGCUAAAACAAACCGGCUCGAAAAUUUUAGUGCGAAAUAUUCCAUUCCAAGCUAAAAUUAAUGAAGUCCGAGAACUGUUCAAAGCAUUUGGUGAACUCAAAUCGAUUCGUAUUCCGAAAAAGAUGACACCAGGCGAAGAUGCACACAGAGGUUUUGGUUUUGUUGACUACAAUUCAAAGUCGGAUGCAAAGAAAGCAUUUGAUGCCCUCAGUCAUAGUACCCAUUUGUACGGGAGACGUUUGGUAUUGGAAUGGGCUGCUCCGGAUGAUGGCAUCGAGGAAUUGCGAAAAAGAACUGCCGAACAUUUCAACGCAUCACAGUCAGCCACAAAACUUAGCAAAAAGAGUGUUUUUGAUGCUAGCAAUGUUAAACAAUUCAAAGAGAAUAGUGACGAAGAAGAGUAGAUUCAAUUAUGGCCAUAAUUUGACAUUAUGUUAUCUUCUUUUGUAUAUUUUUAUAUAUGCGUUAAAUAAAAAUUUAGACGUUUUUUUUUUAAAUCAUGGCUCGUACUCAUGACCAUGUUAAUGGCAAA